AAGUGGUGCACCGACAUCACGGAAGCACCUACUUGUCUAAGGGAAGAAGUCUGCUGCCUAUGGCCAAUAUGCGGUAAAUUUUGUCAAAGUCCAGGCGUUCAUCAACCUCAUUAUGGACGAGACCAAGGUGCAUAUUGAAGAUCGCGAUGGCACACUGAGGGAAUACGUGAGUAAAGAAGCUAUGAUCGGAAAGUCUGUUGGGAGGUGGUUUUGCUCCGCUGUGGAAAUGAAGCCCGUUUCUGUGACUAGACCGGGACUGGUAAUUGUGAAAUUGGGCAACCUCCCACACUUUCUAGCGCCGGAAUUUGAGAUAUUUGCUUUCCAUAGGCAUGAGUGGCAAGGCCAGCGCGAGAACGCGAUUCAGUAUAAGAUCAAAUUGGGCGACGAAAAGGUGUAGUUUAGAACCUGUAGC